AUGCAAGCGAAUCCUGAAGCGCACAGACAUCUGGACAUGUACGCAGAUAUAUACGCUGAUGUACUCAAGCCUUCGCUGAAAGAACGGCAGGCGAUAGUGGACGAUGCGAUUUGCAGCUGCACUGUCCCAUCUGUACCUGCCGACGGGGCAGGGCUAACCGCAGAGCUAACCGGGUGCGGGGAAGACUGCGUCAAUAGAUCGACAUUCACUGAGUGCUCUCCGAUGACCUGUCCAGUGGCGUCCAUCUGCACCAACAAUCGAUUCCAAACGAAUAUGGUGCCGUGCAAGCUGGAUGUGUUUGAUACAAACAGCAAGGGAUAUGGCGUGCGAUGUAAAAGUGAUAUCAAGCGAGGAGCUCUGAUUGCCGAAUAUGUGGGAGAGAUUGUCUCCGAGACCGAGUGCAGGAGACGUAUGACGGAGCGAUACAAGCACAUGAACAACUUCUACUUCUUGCACCACACUGGUAACAACGUGAUUGACGGCUGUCAGUACGGGAGCGCGGCUCGUUUUAUCAAUCAUUCAUGCUCACCGAAUGCACACAUUGAGAAGUGGACUGUGAAGGGUCUGGUGCGGGUGGGGAUAUUCGCUUCAACUGCUAUCGCACGUGGCACGGAGAUAUGUUACGACUACAAGUACCGGGUGAUGGGCCAGGGCAAUGUGGUGUGUAGGUGUGGAUCAGAUAAUUGCAGCGGCUUCCUGGGCGAAAGGCCGAAGAAAAUUGUUUCCAUGGCAACCGGGAGUCACAAAAAGGGUCGAAGGAAAGGAAAUGCGGCCAAAAGUGCCAAACUAGCCAUUGCCGGAGAGGAGCCGGUCUUAGAAGUCAGUUUGGCUCAGCAGCGUCGGAAUCAGGCCCGCGAUUUCACUUACGCCAGGAAAAAUCGGCUUUUCUUGGUGCGCAACAUACCCUCCCACAAACUAGUACCCCUGGAUGAUCUUCAACCUGGGAGAUUUGGGACCGCCAACCCUGAUUCCAGGACAAACGGCCUGAUAUUAGGUACAACCCGAAAUUCAGCACAGAAUAGUACGGGUAGGAACAGUGCUAUGGGACGGCAUGGCGAUGUGGGACGGCAUAGUGGGACUAUUAGCUCAGAUUCGGGCGUUCACCUCGCAGUGAAUACGGACUACAAACAACUGGUGCGUAUAAUGCGCAUGAUCUACACAACUGUCCUCAAGACUGUCAGGGGACAGUGUCGGCUCUUCCUCAGGCUUCCACCGCGGUCCAGGUACCCAGACUACUACCAAUUGAUCGACACGCCCAUAUGUCUCGCGGACAUUGAGCAGAAAAUUAACUCAGGACUGUACCCAACGGUUGAGGAGUUGCAGGUGAGACCCAUAUCCCGCACAGCCCAGUCGCAAAAGCGCGUGCACACGGCCACACUGCAUGUCACGUAUCUGUUGUAUCCGACGAGAUGGUAUUGUGUGCAUCAUGUUGUUGUGUGA